AUGCCUUCGGCAGUCCUGGAUCAGACACUCGAUGGAAGUCGAAAGAAGCUGCCAUUUCUCGACCAGAGGUUUGCGCAGAUCAAGCGGUCGUUAGUCUCAUCGCAGCACAAAGUCAAGGUCAUAGCCUCGUAUGAACGCCUGUGUAAAAUCUUGGAGGUAGAAGCGGAUCACAUUGCCCGAAGCGGUCCAGCUAUCGUGCCAGAGAUCGAGUUCGACGAUGUGUGUAAAAAUGGUGGAGCGCUGCCAGAAGGCUUUGUUGACCUCGUGCGAGAUCGUGGAUGCCUCAUACUUCGCAAUGUUGUGUCCGAAGACCAGGCCACAACCUGGGAGGGCGACUUGAAGGAGUACACAAAACGUAAUAACACUGCCGGGGGAUAUCCGAAGAACGACCCUCAAACGUGGAACCUGUGGUGGACACCACCGCAGGUCCAAAUUCGGAGCCAUGAGCGCGUCAUGUUGGCCAUGGACUGCGUGAGCAAGCUUUGGCAUGUCACAGACGACUCCUUGCCCAUCGAUCUGGCAAGCCAGGUCGUCUACCCCGACCGCUUCCGCAUCCGACAUCCCUCCAAGGAUGCCGAAUUCACGUUACCGGCGCAUCUGGACAGUGGCGGGAUCGAACGCUGGGAAUGCCCAGUCAACCGAUCCAACUUCCAGGCCAUUUUUGAAGGCAACUGGGAUACAUGGGAUGGCUGGGCGGCCGAUCGGCGCUAUGAAGCACAAAGUGACCUGUAUGACAAUGGAGCUGCAUGUUCGUGUUGGCGAAGCCUGCAGGGCUGGUUGUCGCUGUCUCACACAUCGACGGGAGAAGGCACACUCCGCUUGUUACCCAGUCUGAAGGCGUCUGUGGCAUAUAUGAUGCUGCGGCCGCUGUUCGCCUUAGACGAAACCUUCGACGACACCCAACCCACUUUCCCUGGUGCAACUCCGGGAAACACUCAAUUCUUCCCAACCCAAGAGCUCCAUCCACAUCUACUCUUGGAAAAAUCCAUGAUAGGGAUCCCUCCCGUCCGCCCAGGAGACUAUGUCUUUUGGCACUGCGAUCUUGUGCAUGAGGUGGACAAAUUCCACCCUGGCACACGGGACUCGAGUGUCGUGUACAAUGCUUGCACCCCGUUGACUCCGUACAACAUCAAGUCCCUAGCCAGCGUGAGGGAAGCGUUCCAGAAGGCAGCAGUCCCAAAGGACUUUGUUUGCUACGACAAUGUACUGGAGGAGGAGAGCCAGCAUGAAGGUCACGGCGCCAGGCGGGAGAAUGUCUUGUCUCGCCGGGGACUGCAAGGGUUGGGCUUAGAGCCUUUCGAUGACCUCGAAGAGGGUCUUACCGAUGGCCAGAGAACGGUACGGCGACUGGCGAAUGAAGUUCUUGCACAAUGUUAG